AUGCCGCGAAAGAAGUCAGCUGCUAAAAAAGCCAGAGAAGCGGCAGCUAAAACCUCUGGUGGAAAAACUGGAAACUCAGAGCUUACAGGAGCCAAGAAAAUUCCAGAGAACGUUGGUCGCGAUGAGACCAGCGAAAUCAAGGCUUUGAGCUCGCUUGAACCUGAGUCUUCGGAAGAAGAUGAGUCUCCUUCGGAAGAAGAGGAUGAUUAUGGUGAGUUGAUUACUACAGAAGUCGAAAGCGGGAUUAACAGCGUGUUAGAAGCCAUCAGAAACGAAGAUAAAGAGAAACUACUGAACCCGAACGUGCGAUUCUUCGAAGACCUUAAUAACGGGGGCGAAUCACAAAUUAAGUCUUCUAAACAUAAGCCUAUUUAUUUAAAGGACUAUCACCGCAUGAACCUUCUUUCGGGCGGUGCAGUUGAGGACGAAGAGCUGGGGCAAGAGCUAAAAACGGUUGACGGCGAACAGUCUUACGCAGCGAAACAGAAAAAGGAGACAGCUGAGCUUUUGGACGAAAUCAAGAAUCAAUUCAGCGACGACGAUGCCAACAGUGAGGAUGGAGUCGACGAUUUCCUGGUUAAAAAAGAGCAGGCACCCACGCAAGUCGGCAGACGUUUAAGGCCGUUGCCAAAUCCAGAUGCCAACGAAGAAGCGUUCCUUACGGAGUUCGUCGACCGCCAUGCAUGGAUCCCCAAACCAGGUGACAAGGAAAUGAAUCUGGAUGGACCUGGGUUGGAAGAAGACGAUGAGAAAUUUGAUGAGGCUGCCGAGAGGUUUGAAAAUGCAUACAACUUCAGAUAUGAAGAUCCCAACGCCGCAGAGAUUGUCUCGUAUGCGCGUAACCAGGCUACGCUCAGAAGGACUGGCGAAAAUUCCCGUAAGAGGAAGAGAAACGAGGAGAAGAACGAGAAGCUAAUCGAGACUAAAGAGAAAGAAAUCGCGGUCAAAAAGAAGAAGAAGGAAAAGAUCAAUCAAUUGACGGACGUGCUCGAGCAGAUUAAGAAAGAAUACGGGGCAGAUAUUGACGAAGACUUGGUACAAAAAAUAACGGAUUCCUUGAUGAAUGGCGAGUUUGAAAACGGCCAGUGGGACACGGUGCUUAAUGAGUUAUUCAAUGAUGACUUCUACAGUAAGGACGGUAAACCAACUUGGGACGAAGACGAUGAAAUAAUGGGUGAAUUUUAUGGCGAGCAGUCAAAGACUCAGAACGCUGAAACGACGUCACAACAAGAUGCACAAUACGAUGAGGAAGGGGAAGACGAAUCAACUAAGAAGUCAAGGAAGGAAAGGUUAACAGACAGAAAGCUUCAGAAGAAAGAGAAACGGAAAGUCACAGAUAUGAUUGAAAAUGCCGUUGAAGAGAAGAAGAGUGUAAUUUUAGAAGAAGUCGAAGAUGAGAGAAGAGGACGUUCCCAGACCAAAGAUGAACAGGAAAUAAAAUUCAGAUACAGAGAAGUUUCGCCAGAAGCCUUUGGUCUUACAACAAGAGAGAUCUUCACCGCUGACGAUGCUGAUCUGAAUGAGUUCAUUGGCCUGAAGAAGUUCGCGCCUUACAGAGCUUCAGAGUUGAAAGCCAAAGAUCGCCGCAAAGUGAUGAAGUCUAGACGCAUGAGAGAAUGGAGAAAGAAAGUGUUCGGUAACGAAAGGGGCAUGGAAGACCAAGAGCUUGCGUCAGCCUCGGGAGACUCGAUAGGAUCAAGUCAAAAGCCAAGCAAGAGAUCCAAGGCUAGAAGCCUAAAACAGAAAGAAAAUAAAUAA